AUGGCUUCAACUAUCACUCGUCUCCAGCAUGUCAUCACAGCCGACAAGACCACCUUGAAGCUCAAUGCAGCGGCUUCUUCUCUCCCCGCAGUACCUACUCCAGCGAAGAAAGGCGGCCUCCUCGCCUCUUUACCCCCUUCCCUAGUCCCAUAUGCCGAGCUCAUGCGGCUUCACCAGCCCGCAGGAGUAUACGCCUCACUCGUGCCGACAUUAAUCGGACUCUUUUUGGCAGCCGCAUCUCCAAAGUUGACCCCAUCAUCGAUUUCGCGCAUAUCUCCGCUUACUCUCCUAACCAUCACAAUCACGCACAUUGUGGGCAAUACGCUUCUCCGCGGCGCUGCCUGUGCAUACAACGAUGCCAUAGAUGCGCCAUAUGACCGUCUUGUUGCACGUUGCAAAUCGCGGCCAGUUGCGCGUGGAGCAGUGACCUCCCUUCAAGCUCAUAUGUUUGCACUCCCUGUAUUUGGGCUAUGGAUCGUCACAUUGUUUACUCUUCCGUCACCCGAAACUGUGGUUGCUCCAGCAGCUCUUCUCACUGCCACAAUGGGUAUCUACCCCUUCUGCAAGCGUAUCACACACUUCCCACAACUGGUACUUGGAAUUUCACUUGCAUUGGCGCAGGCCAUCGGAUACGGCUCAUUGGGAGUCAGUUUCUCUAACACGGAUCUUCCCACGCAAAUUGGUCUCGGAUGCCUUUAUGUGUCAUACGUGGUGCAUACGAUGAUCUAUGAUACGGUGUAUGCUCACCAGGAUCUGGAAGACGAUCUCAAGGCGGGCAUUCUGAGUAUGGCAGUGUUAUGCCGUGGGCGGACGAAAGUCGUCUUGAGUAGGUUAGCAGCUGUGGAGGUGGGGUUGUUGGCAGCAACUGGAUGGACACUAGGAUUGGAGGGACCAUCAUACAGGGUUGGCGCGGUUGGGGGUACUGCGAUGGCUUUGGGAACCAUGGUUAAAUCAGUACGGCUGGAUGAGCCCAAGAAUUGCCGUAUGUGGUUUGCGAGGUUGUUGUGGUGGAUGGGGGCCUGUGUGGUGGGGGGAUUGGCAGGGGAGUAUUGGCUCAGAGUUUGA